AUGAUCGCAGUCGAAUCACUGAGGGAAGCGCCUGUCGUGGUUUUGGUCAAGACUGUUCCUCUUGCCCUUGUAGCUUAUGGACUGGCUAUCAUCGUCUACCGCAUAUGGUUCCAUCCUCUUGCCAAAUUCCCCGGGCCUGUCUUGGCCAAAGUCACAAACCUCUAUGGCGGCUACUAUGCAUGGAGAGGGGACCUGCAUCUUGAUAUGAUGCGUUGUCACGAGAAAUACGGCGAUAUUGUUCGAUACGCACCCAAUCGCAUCCUGUUCAAUAGCAACACCGGCUUGAAAGAUAUCUAUGCAUUCACCAAGCAAGUUCAGAAGUCGGCCGCCUACGGGGCCAUGGUUCAUCGGGCACCCAAUACUCUUACCCUGAUUGACAAGAAACAACACGGUCGCAAACGCCGUACCAUCGCCCAGGGAUUUGGAGACAAUGCUCUCCGUGGGUUUGAGGAUACCAUCAUGGGCCUAGUGCGCACAUUUUGUGACUCGCUGGUCCAAGACACUUCGGCGGGCGAAUGGUCUUCUCCGCAGAACAUGGCCAAGUGGUCAAACUACUUGACUUUCGAUAUCAUGUCUAGCGUGAUUUUUGGUGAGAGCUUCGAUCUUAUCGGCAGUCCUGAAAAUCGACAUAUUGUCCAAUGCAUUGAAGACUCCAAUGUGCGGACAGGAGUUCUCCUUCAAGCAAGCGAGUUGUCCACUCGCCGCCUUGACCGCAAACUCUUCCCCGGGGCCAUCGCUGGCCGUAACAUUUUCAUUCGCUUCGUUAACCAGCUGCUAAAGAAGCGAAUGUUAGCCAACCCCCUGAAGCGUAAUGACGUUUUCUCGUUCUUGCUCGAUGCAGUGGAUCCGGAGACAAAACAGGGCUUUACCCCAGCUGAGAUUGGAGCGGAGAGCACUACUAUGAUUGUGGCUGGAUCCGAUACCACUUCCACGGCUAUUGCAUCAAUCUUCUUCUACCUCUGCCGCUACCCUGAUAUCUACGAGAGAGUCAAGAACGAGGUUCGCGCUGUGUUCCCUGAUCCCAAUGAUGUCAGCCUUGGAGCUGGCCUCACCGAAUGUGUAUUUCUUCGUGCAUGUAUUGAUGAGACUCUACGCAUGUCUCCUCCGGCUAGCAGCUCAUUGUGGCGCGAGGUGAUCCAGGACGGUGUCAUGAUUGACGGGCAUGUAAUUCCUCGCGGCUAUGAUGUUGGUACUUGCAUUUAUGCUGUCCAUCAUAAUGCCGAGUACUAUCCGCAGCCGUUCGAGUAUCGUCCUGAUCGUUGGCUCGACGAGCCCAAUGAGGUCCAACUUGCUCGUUCCGCAUUUACACCCUUCUCAAUUGGGCCCCGAAGUUGCUUGGGGAAAGGAUUGGCCCUUACUGAGUUGUCUUUGACCAUGGCCUAUAUGUUGUCCAAGUAUGAUUUCCGUCCUGCACCGGGCAGCGAAGAUGUGGGCGGCGGUUCGGCUUCUCAGGGGCCUGGACGAAGCCGUGAGGGGGAAUAUCAACUUCAUGAUCAUGUCACGGCGGCAAAGAAUGGGCCAAUUGUGCAGCUCCGCUUACGCCAGUAA